AUGCUCGCCACCGCCGCCGCCGCGGAUGGCGCUGACGCUCCAAUUCCCGUGACGCGGCGCGAGGAGUGGGGGUGGUAUCUGUACGACGCGGCGGUGUCCGCGUUUUACUCGGUGGCGCUGCCCGUGUUCUUCCCGCUGCUCCUCAACCAGCUCGCCGCCGACGCCGCGUGGCAGCAGGCGGGGCAGCCGCGCCCGCCCGACUGCGGCGUCGACGGCGUCACCGUGAAUUGCGCGCAGUGCGUGCCCGGCGAGGGAAUGCAGCUGCUGACGUCAUCUGGCUACUCGCCGCUGCCAAAUCCCAAGGUGCAGAUGGGGGCGGCGAGCAUGGAUCCAGUGGCAUUCGCUACAGUCACGCUGGGGCUGUCGGUGGUGUGCCAGGUGGCCGCAUUCAUCACCCUCGGGCCCCUCGCUGACUAUGGCAUGGGGCGCAUGCGGUUGCUACAGGGCGGCACAGCCAUGGGCAUAACAGCGUGUGCGCUGUGCAUGGCGCUGGUGUCACCAUCCCUCUGGUGGCUCUCGGGGGUGCUGCUCAUCACGGCCAAUGUGGGCUACGGGCUCGCCAUUGUCGCCUACUACAG